AUGGUCCACGUGGCACAAGAUUGCGGAGGCGGUGUUUGCUCUUUGGCGGAGCCCGCAACGGGCUUACGGUUCAGCGAGCCGUGCAGCGGCCGCGCGGCCUCUCGGGUCGCGUCUCCGGCCAAAUUGAAAUAUCCCCGCUGCCAUGACUUCUACCACUCGCACACAGUCCGUAAUCCUGCCCACUUGGAGUUAUUGCCGCCGAGGGAAGGAAAGAUUACCUCGGCGGGAGAUAAGGAGGUCGACGGGGCUUCGAGUGCGAUUGUCCCCGAGUCAGGCGUCGAAUUGUGUCAAGUGAAGCGACAAAUUGAACGGCCGAGCCUUCUGCGCGCCUCGCUCACUAAUCGUCACAUAAACUGCCGCCGCCCGAACGUUUAA